AUGUCCACAUCAAAGCCCUCAGUGCCAAUUGCACUAUCCGCCGACUCAAUCGACGAUCUAAUCUACGAUGCCCGAGCAGGCGAUCUGGAAUCCCUGAACGCCGACAUCGCCGCCCUGGCAACCCAACACGCCUGCAACGAGUCUCUGAUCGUCGCCUCUGCAAUUGACCUCGCCGAUGAAAGCGAAGGUGGCUCCGGCUCAUGUGUGCUGCACUUCCCGGCUGCAAAUGGAAAUGCCGAAAUCCUUACUGUUCUUCUUCAAAAACUUGCUUCUGCUGAACAGGCUCAGCGGGAGGCUUUUGUUAACCAUCGCAAUUACUCGGGUAACACGCCUUUGCACUGGGCUGCGCUGAAUACGCACCUGGAGUGUGUGAAGGCUCUUGUUGGUGCUGGGGCUGAUCUUGGUGUUAAGAAUGAUGCUGGCCAUGAUGCUGUUUUCCUUGCUGAGAGGACUGCUUGGGCUGCUGUUGAGGAUAAUGGGAAUGGAGAAGAUGAGAACCAGAAUCAGCCUCAGGAGAUUGAAAUGACUAUUGGUGAGGAGGGUGAAGGGGAGAAGACGGAUGCUGGAGAGAUGUCUGCAGGCAGACAGGUUGUUGAGUGGCUUUUGAACUCGGAUGUUGGCUCGAGUUUGGAGAAGGGGGCUACAGAGGGUGAGGCAUCUGCUUAG